GCGAGGCGGGCCUGGGAAGCUGAGUGGGAGUGGCGCGGAACUGCAGCGGUUCCUGAAAACCUGAGUGGCGGCAAACCGGGUCUGCGAGCUAAUAUUUUUAAAAUGACCACACCAAACAAGACACCUCCUGGUGCUGACCCUAAGCAGUUGGAAAGGACUGGAACAGUACGGGAAAUUGGGUCACAAGCUGUUUGGUCACUCUCAUCUUGCAAACCAGGAUUUGGAGUGGAUCAGUUACGAGAUGACAAUCUAGAAACUUAUUGGCAGUCAGAUGGCUCCCAGCCUCAUUUAGUGAACAUCCAAUUCAGAAGAAAAACAACAGUGAAGACAUUAUGUAUUUAUGCGGACUACAAAUCUGAUGAAAGCUAUACUCCAAGCAAGAUCUCAGUCAGAGUAGGAAAUAAUUUUCACAAUCUUCAAGAAAUUCGGCAACUUGAAUUGGUGGAACCAAGUGGCUGGAUUCACGUUCCUUUAACUGAUAAUCAUAAGAAGCCAACUCGCACAUUCAUGAUACAGAUUGCUGUUCUAGCCAAUCAUCAGAAUGGAAGAGAUACCCACAUGAGACAAAUUAAAAUAUACACACCCGUGGAAGAGAGCUCCAUUGGUAAAUUUCCUAGAUGUACAACUAUUGAUUUCAUGAUGUAUCGCUCAAUAAGGUGACCUUGAAAUAGAACAAAAGUCAUUAAACAUCUCUUUAUCUUGUCAGUAAAUAUUAAAUCUGGUAUCUUUAUUGAAAAAUGGAUCAAUUAUUUUGCAAUUUUUUAUGCAUUGAAAAGUAUUUUAUUG